AAAAGGUCUCUGCGGCUUGCGCCAUGGAAUGGAGUAUUGAGCUCGAGAAAGGGCUCCGGUCGAAUAAACCCGGCAUGGUGGAUGGGCUGAGGCUCUGCCCUCAGACCCCCGACCAAGUCCCUUGAGGCAAGCCCAAACAAAUCCAUGUUAAGGUCUUAAAUUCUUAACCCAUACACAAAAAUGCUUUUAUAAUUUUAAUUAUAGUUACUUAUCUCUUAAAAAUUGAUUUAUAUUAAGAAGAAUAAGGCAACAAUAUUAGCAAAAGGGGGGUUCUACUUGUUUCUAGCUUGCCUUAUGGGGCUCAGUACAAAGUGCUCAUGGAAUUGGAGGAAUGCAAUUAGGAAAAAUAAAUAAAUAAAGAUAUUGAAAGUUUUGCAUGCUUAGCUGCUUACAUUGUUGAGUUCUUGAAUAUGUUUUAUGUGUUAUGUUUAAUUUUUUACAUUUUCACUUUGAAUAUGUUUUACAUGUUAUGUUUAUGUAUUUUAAGGAAAUAGGCAGUUUAAAAGGUUUAGCUUUAAAUUUAAGUGUGCAUUUUUAACUAUUUUUUCAAUUUUCUGAUUUUUAUUUUAUUUUAUUUUAUUUUUUGAAAAUUUUGAAAAAAAAUUGUGCCUCGAGUACAAAAAGGCCCUUACGCUUUUAAUACACUGUAUUGUGCCUUCUGGGAUCUUCAAAAUGAUCAAACUGCACCUAGGAUAUUCCUCCUCUGAACUCACAUUCUAUUAGAACUUAGAAGGGCCUGAACAUCUGAUAUGUGGACCUUUCUCUAGAAUAUGUAUUGAAGUCUUUUCCUUUGUCAACUAAAUAAUAAGUUGAUCUUAUUGAUAACUCUAUGUUUCAUCUCUUUCAUGGGAAACAUUUUAAUGAAGCUUCUUGUUUCUGUGUAUGUUCAUGAGCCAAAUUUUAAUCAGCAUUUUUCUCUGCUGGUGUCAUGGUUAUCCAUUGAUACAAAUUCCAGCUUCAUUUUCUUCUCUUCGUUAGAGUUUCCUCUGAUUAUUUAUGCCAAGUAUCUACAGUUUGUUUUUCUAACAUUAUGCUUUAUGUUUGGUAAAUGUGAACUUUGACCAUUUGAUCUUGCCAAUUGUUUUUUCCCUCUUUCUUCAUGGCAUUCCAGGUCAGCCUAUUGAAUUUAUAUUACAGAUUGGGCCUAGACUUUCAAGAUGGAGUAGGGAGCCUGAACCAUCUGGGGUGGUACUAAACAUGCUUGGUUUAGUUCCAGGGGAGGAUAGGCUAUUCUUGAACACUAUUCUCCUUCGCCUUGCAGAGACAUUUAGGUCUGGAGACAAGCAUACUAGGCUCUCUGUUCUAAAGGUCUUUCUCUUAGAGAUGAGGCACCGUAAAAAGAAAGGUAGACAAUAUAACGGGAUUCUGGCAAGGCACAGAGUACAUAACCACACAGAACUGCUUAAAAGAGUAAAGAUAGUUUUUGAUACUGGUGAUGUUGAAUCAAGAGCAUUGGCAUUAUAUCUCCUUGGUUGUUGGGCCGACCUUGGGAAGGAUAGUGCUGAAAUACGCUAUAUGAUACUGUCAAGCAUGGGGUCAUGCCAUGAUUUGGAGGUAAAAGCAUCAUUAUUUGCUGCAGGUUGCUUCUCUGAGUUAUCAGAAGACUUUGCAACUGUUGUUUUGGAGAUACUGAUUAAUAUGGUGUCCUUAUCGAAAACAUCCUCUGAUCUAAGGCUUAGAGGGGCACGUGCCUUUGCUAAAAUGGGAUACUCUUCUUUACUUGCCUGUAGAGCUUAUAAGACAGGUCGAAAGAUGGUGCUGGACUCUUCAGAUGAAGAUUUCAUAGUUGUGAUGCUAAUGUCACUCUCAAAGCUUGCUUCUUACUCAGGAGUGUUGAUUUCUGAGCAGGUGGACUUGCUUGUGUCAUUUCUUGCCCAGAAAUCUUGUUUGAAUGUGCAAGUCAUGGCACUGAGAUGUCUUUGUUUUCUCUGCAUGAGUGGGGUUUGUCGGCUUCCAAUCAGUGGAAGUCUACUCGAAGCUUUGUUCCAUUUAGUAGAUAAGCCUGACAUUCCCCUUGAUCUGCAAUGUAAAGUCCUACGGAUAUUACAUAAGAUCUUCUGUUCCCUGCCGAAUCUGUCUUUUGUGGGCAUGGUGGAACUUGGGAAGCUUCUACAGAUUGUUGAGAAUGCAGCUAAAUCUCCAGCCAAAUCAAAGAUAUUCUUGUCCCUCUAUCUUCUUGUUGAUAUAUCAUCCAAACUUAGGGGGAGAAUUGAAAUAGCAUCUGAUGAUGAUUAUUCCACAUAUUUUCCAUCCCAGGUUAUCUCAUUAGUUAUUGAUCAGAUUACCUUACUUCUGAAGAAGCAUUGUUGGGCUGAAAAUGAAUUGUGGAAAGAAUGCCAACACCUACUCUAUUUAACUCUUUCUCUUGUUAAAGAGUAUUCAACAUUGGGAGCUUUUGUUCUGGACAAGAUAAGAGUCUCAGUGGAGUCUCUGUUGAACAUGCAAGAAGGGUGCAUACACCCAAGGAGACCAAAUUCUUCUGCCAAUGAGUCUUUUGAGUUUGAAGGCAAAAAACGUAUGUCCAAUGUAUCAAAGCUUGUCAUAUGCCUCUACAGGUUUGCAGAGGGUUGUGUUGAAACACUUAAUCAAACCAGUGCUGUCACUACCCAGGUACUUCACAAUGUGAAGCUUCUGGUUAUAUGCAUACAACAAAGCAGUUUAUUUGAUCCCAAUACAUUCUCAGUUCAUUCACUUUGUUUGCAUUAUCAAAUCAUGCAAAGUUGCUUGACAAAUGAGGCCAGUGGGACCUCCAACUUUUACAAAGACUUGUAUACAUGUCAAGAUGAUUAUUGGGUUGAACAUGAAAAGCUGACUCUUGAGUUUGCAAAGAAGAUGAUGGAAAUGAAUUAUACCUGGUCUGCCUACAAACUUGGACAAUAUGCAGCAUGUCAAGGAGUAUGGUUUGCUGCUACAUUUAUAUUUAAUAAACUAACAAAUAAGGUUCAAACAGAUUCCAAUUUUUACUGGUUGAAAUCUUUGGUUUUAUUUUCCAGUGCUGAAAGCAACAUACUUUUGUUUCUUUUUCCAAAACAAGGUCAAGAAUUAGUAAAUGGAUUUGAGAUACAUGAAUUUGGGGUUGGUGAAGUUGGUGAAGGUAUUACCAGCAGCUUGCAGGACUAUGGUGAUAACCUAUCUAAGGCUUGUAGUAAUAUUUGCUUUUCAGAGGAACUUUUGUCUGGUAAUGUCAUACUGGGUCGAGCCUUCUAUUUUCAAAGAUGGUUUUUGUCUCUAAGAGCUAAGGUUCUUCAAACCAUUGUAGAUUUGUUCAGACUCUUGAGUGCUAAUGCUAGCCAGGGACACAUUGGCAGUAAUCAGCAGGCUGAGGGAAGUACUGAGAUUAUUUCCCCAGGACACGCAGAGCAUAUCCACUCAUUCAUGUACUUUGUCACUAGUAUUUCUUUCCGUUUGAAGAAGUUAGCACAAGAAUUUGAUCUUCUUGCCAUAUCAUUCAUGGACUUGGAUGCUGAUAGUUUUAGAACUAUUUCUGUGCUUGCACUUAACUGUUCGCUAUUGGCCUUUUGUACUGGCUUUAUUCCAGCUUUGCCUGGUUAUCAGAAUUCUACUACUUAUGUCUCAAACUCAGAGAAGUUUUCACAUUCUUUUCUAAUACAAGAUUUAGCUGAGCGAUUGUGGCAUAUUGACAAUGAGACCAUUUCAAACCUGAAGCUGCUUCUGAAAAUUACAGGAGAGCCUGAAAAAUGUUCCCACUUGCAGUCUAGAACCCAGUUAUUGAGGGUUGGCCAUCAUGAAAGAAAUACUCUAAGGGUUUGUAGGUCUGCUGUUUCAGCUGCUCUCCAGCUUGAAGAAAGAACUAAGAGAAUGGAUAAUGAAGGUGGUCUUUUCCAACUUUCGAGAGGCUAUUUGAAAUUUCUGUCUAACAUACUCAAGGAAUGGAUAUGCAUUCCUUUUUGGAUUCCCAGAUUCUUUUUUCAAGUAAGGCCUUGCAUUGGAGCAGAGCUCUUUGCUUCCCGUGCCAAUAACAGAAACCCAGGUGGAUUAUCCAUCUUUCAGGGUUUCCAUCUCUCACUAAACCUCUGUCUCCAGUUGAAAGAUGCACACCAUGUCCCUUCUUUCCAGCUUUCUAAGUUGUACUGCAUUCUUUCCUGUAGGAUAUCUGAUUUCGUACCUAUACAAGGUGAAGUCAAGGGACAAACUCAGUUGAGUUUUCGAGCUUGGGAAACAGAAGAAAUGGUGAGUUUGAAUGAACAGCUCCUGCAAUAUGUCAGGGAAGAUAUGAAUAGGACAGGCAGAAGGCAUGAGAGGGAAAGCAAAAAUUGUGAUGGGUCUGUUAGUGCUUGUGUUUGUUUAGAAUUCAAUGAGAGAGGGCAAGGGUUCUCAACCUGCAUGCUUAAUGUUUCUGCUUUUCCAGUGGGUUCUUACAAGAUCAAGUGGCAUGGGUGCUGUAUUGACAGUCAUGGUUCGUACUGGAGUUUACUCCCUUUGAAUACUGGUCCUAUGUUUACCGUGAAUAAGCCUUCUCUUACUGGUUGAUCAUUUGCUGAAACUAUAUGGAGUGUUUAAUUACAUGGACAGGUGGAGAUUAAUUAGAAACUUUUACUCUUGAACAAUAACAGUAAUGUGGCCUUGCAAGUCAUAUUCAAGAAACCUAAUUUUUGAAGUAAAGCAUUCCAUUGUGUGAAAAGAAGGAAAUUUGCACUUGUUGGGAUUGUUAAGAUUAGAACGGGCAGUUUCAAGUUGUGGAUAUGUUUUUCAAUGGAAGUCGCUUAGGCUUAUAUUGACAGGGUUGCUGUUUUCAGAAGUUCACAUCCAUGCUGUCAUCUAGGAAGUGCGGGAGGAAAGAAACAGAUGUAAUUUUUUAUGGAGAAAAGCUGGCUACUUUGAAGCCUUGAUAGGCAGGUUCUCCUUGUAAAAUCGUAGCCUAAAAAACUGUUGCAUUCCAAGAAGCUUCAAUCCUAUCUUGGUUGACUUCCUAUUGAAAGUCUUCCUCAUUCACUGAGAGGAUGAAGUUAUAAUUUAAUUGAAAUUCUAUUCUGGUCCAUCCGGUAUUGGUGAAGCUUCAAUUGGGGUGUAGGCAUCUUCUGGGCUUUUAGUGAACCAGUCAGGCAUUCAAAUUCUACCAAGGCAGAGGUGGUGGCUUUGCUUACACUUUCAAGAUUAUUAGCCUUGAGAUUUUGGCCCUGCCUCUUCAGCAAUUGAAAUAUGUUUAGAAAAUGCCAUUUGAUGGACUGGAAGGAUCUAUUAGGAUCUUAGAGGCUACCAAGCUGUUGUAAUGAAUUUAGGUAAUCUUUCUAUCUUUCAUUGUUCAUAUUUUCUGGAUGAAAACACAAAACGGUAUUCUCAUGUACCAGUGAGGUUAGGGUGCUGGUUGGGUAUGGGAGCACUUUGCCUGCCGGUGUUCUUAAUUGGGGUAGUGCUGCAUUGUGAGUUUUGCAUAGGAUUCACAUGACUCAUUACUCUUUAUAAUCUAUUUUUUUAGCAUUCUCCAAAAAAAAAGAAUAUAGUUGAGAUGUAAUUAAUAAAAUUAAUCUUAAUUAAAUCAGCUUAAUCUCCCA